AUGAUGGUGAUGAGAACAAAGAGCAGUAGAUACCUGUGCUCGGUCACCAGUUCUCUGCCUUUCAAGCAAGCAAGAGCUAUCAAUGCUGAGAAGGAGGAUGAGGAACAAAUGCCACUAGUGACAACGGUGCUCACUGAAAUGCAAGCUGAAAGUAGUUAUUACAGUCCACAGAAAGUAAAAUCCAAAGAAAUAAUAUGCUGGGAACAAGAAGGAACUACAGUUGAGGUCCUCAUGAGUGGAGAACCUUUCUUUGAUUGCCAAAUAGGCUUUGUUGGUUGCCAAGCUCUUUGUCUUAAAGGAAUAAUGGGAAUUAAAGAUUUUGAGGAGAAUAUGAAUAGAAGUGAUACAGAUGCCUACUUUUUCCAUUGUGGAGAGAAUUUAAGCACAAAGGGGAUGACAUACCUUACCAAUUCACUGUUUGAUUACAGAAGUCCUGAAAACAAUGGGGUUCGUGCAGAAUUCAUUUUGGAUGCAACUGCUCAUAAGGAGAUGUACACAGAGAUAACUGGAAUGCAGAGGUUUGGAGCUUUCUACAUGGAUUAUCUGUACACAAUGGAGAGCACCAGUGGCAAAG